GACAGACAUUUGACCUGCGUGAAUUUUCCCAAUUUUCCAUGGAUGAAGUGACUUUUAUCGAUCCUAAAGAAAAUCUUCUCUAAAAGGUAGAAAAUUAAAUCUAUUUCACUAAUUGCUGUUACCAAAUAUAGUGAAAUGAAUUAUUUAAGGCAGUUGUAAUUUGAAUUCUUGGAAAAGUGUAACGGAAAUUGUAAAAAAUGUGGAAAAUUCUUAUGAUUUCCCUAUUUGGGUUGCUGAUUUCCGUGUCUGGGAGUUUGAAUUUGGAUCCCAUUUUCGUAUCUGAACUGUUUUCUCUGCGAAUUGAUGCUACCUACUUUAACUGGAGCACAACCCUAACACCCAAUCAGUAUGUUUUUCGACCCUCCUUGGAAGGGUAUCCAGAUCUACCGUCAUGGAUGCGAUACAUGUACAGUGGAGAGCAUCGAGCGGGAUUUCUCUACGGCACUCCACCAGACAGAUUGGCAGGAAAGGAAGUCAGGCUGGAGAUUGUAGGUCUCAACCGCCAAACUUUCGAGACUCGUCAGGUUGUCCUAUCCCUCUGGAUGACGGGAAAAAUGGCAGCCCGGAAUGUUGUUCAAAUGAAAAUUGAUAACCUCGAUUGGGUGCAUCUUAUGGAUCCCGGAAGGAUCGAAAAUCUCAAGAAUAUCUAUCAGAAAGAUCUUUGGCCAGAAAGUGCCAAGGAUCUUCACAUUGUCUUCAUGGAAGCAGCCACAAAGAUGGGUGCUCGUCUUCCAGUCCUCCCACAACUCCAUGAAGGAGUAAUCGUUCACCUGGGAAGCAAUGCAAUGUUUUCCGAAAGGCUCCUGGAGCUCCAAGAGGAAGUUAAGCCCCUCUACAAAAUCUCCACUUGCAAUUACAAAAGAACUUCCGUUCAAACCAUUUUUGAAAAUGGAGGCUUUAGAUUGGAUUGGUGCGCUUUUCGCAUUGUCGGAGUGGAUUCUGGAGCUGAAGAUAGUCUCAAGAAUACUCAAGGAAUUGGUUUGGAUCGUGGUCAAGACCGUUGGCAAGGAAUCAGUCGGGCUGAUGCCCCACAAAGGAACUAUAUCGAUGAACUUACCUUUGCAGUAGCAAUUCCUGGGAUGAUUCUUGCAAUUCUUGUUGCUUUUCUCUCCUGCAUCCUUUGUUUCCAGCACAAGUCUAUUGAUGAUCCCCAUUCUGAGUAUUUCUUUGACACAAUCUUCCAUCUUUGCAAAGAGUUCAGAGAAAGGAAGAAUCCAACUGUCCCAAUUGUUAAAUUGACUCAAGAUUCUGCAAAUUAUCCCACCACAACACUCCUGAAGAGCCUCAAAGAUGCGCCGAAUUUGAAUGCAGAAAGUGUCAGUCUUAGUUCUCAGAGCCCAAAUCACGGUCAGGAUCCUACUGGUCAGGACUCAAGUGUCAACGUUUACAUGCGCCCAAAACCUCCUCCAUACAAAAGAAACGGCGUCCACAUAUGACAAUCAGCUCCAAGAGUUCUCUUCUGCUAAAGAGACAACCCAAGGAUCAUUUUAAAGCAUCUGUAGUGAAUCAUUAGAUAAAAUAUCACCUGCAUAUCGCAUUUUUAGCUGAAUAUUGUUCAUAUUCGCGAAUUUAGUGGCGUAUUCAAGCAAUUUUAUAAAUUAAAUUGAUUUAAUUAAACUUCAUUAAUACAAUGAGGCUUGGAAAGGACAUUAAACACUUUUAACCAGUUUUGGAGUAUGAAUAUUAACAAAAUAUUAAUUCUAUUUAAAUUUUUUUUCACUUUUUUGAGUAUUUGCCUAUAUUCAUUGGAAAACUUCAGAAAAUAAAGUAGUCUCGAGGAAGAAUGGAAAGAAAAAAUUAGCAAAACCCAAGAAACAUAAAAUAAAGUAAGCGUUUCAUGAUUCAUUUUAUUUAGAAUAAUUGAAGUUAAAACAAUAUUUUAAUUCGUAAAAUCGGAUUUCGUAAGUUGAAUACGCUUCUUAGUAGAGUUUGUUAAAGCAAUGUAUUCCUCAGUAGUGCGAUAAUAAAGUCCAGUGCCAUAAAAA